CCGAGGAUUUAUUUGCGGCCUAAAAUUAUGUGAAGUAACACUUGCUAAAAUCAUUCUGUGAUCCUCAUUUACGUUCUCGUGGAAUCCGCGAAUGAAAGCGCAUGCCGCCGAAUUGCGGCUAUUAUGAAUGGAAAUAAGCUAUGUGCACGGUUGGACAAUUCUUUAGUUACGCUCAGCUAAUUGCAGGGCUGUACCGUUAACAAUCCCGUUAAAAGUGUGCGAAAUGUGCAGGUGAUUGUGCACUUUCCAAUGUUUAAUGAUAUAUUUAAUCCGAUUACGCGAACGAUUUUUUCAAAUCCUACAUUUAUUUGCAUAUGUUUAUUUCCGUCCGGUUUAUUGUUUCAUGUUGGGUCUCUCGGGGAUCACCCGGAGCGGUUGAAAAAGCGACCUGCGUCUUCCUGGCUGCGCAAGGACUGUACCUUUUCAAUGUUGUGGAAUAUGCUAAUUUCAAAAAUAUAUACACCACAUAUGUGUUAUUUCACGGUUGCCGAUGUUUAUAUGAGGCUUUUGUUUUGUCUGGUCGAGUCACGGCUCGUGAUUGACAGUGAGACGCUUGAAGUGCUGUGUCGUACAAUAAAAAGAAUCAUGUAAUGCAUCAGCCAUUUACGUAAGUGAAGACGUGUUCACCCUCAACUUCGUGCAUGCAAAUGGCUACCCUGGAUUUGGACGCCGAUCAGCUGUGACGAGCUUGUAGGGUCGGAGGAACCUGACAGAUAUUGACAACUUUCAACGUGCAACUGCACGAUUUUCAGAGUUCAGCAUUCCCCAUAGUUGUAUAUUUAAGCACCGUGGUCGAUAGUUUUGGAUGACAGAAUUUGAACUGUUAUUCGCAUUCGUAACCUCUUUUGAUACAAGCCAACCCUUCGCUAUGCCCAUGUGACCACUACAGCUAUAACGUUACUGUACUGUGUACUGUACUGUGUACUGCCCUCACUGCAAGGAUUACAAUUUGAGGCAUCUCACCAGUGCGGAUUGUUAAUAGGGUCAACGGAUUGCGAUGGCUUGUGUUUUUACUGGAGUAUGAAGCACCAAUUUGAGUUGGUGAGAAGGACCCCCGUAGGGAUGCCAUAGUAUUCUGAUGCGGCAUCUAUCAGUGUUAAAGCAGUUUUGCACGUGAGAAUUCAAUGGCCUCCUUCAUCAGGAUGGACCGGAUGAGCGAGGAGGCGUUGCGGCUCAACCUGCUGAAGCGCGGCCUGGACGCCGCUCAUGCUGCUGCCGCCGCCGCCGCCGGACACGGCCACGAGCGCGCACAAGAGGAGCUGCUGGCCAAACGCCUCAAGGUGGAGGGUCACGAGGCCAUGGAGCGUCUGAAGAUGCUGGCCCUGCUGAAGCGCAAGGACCUGGGCGGCCUGGAGGGGGUCGGGGGGGCCUCGGCGGGGGGCCUCCUGGAUCUCAAGGGCCCCUCGGCCAGCGCCCACUCCCACUCCCACUCCCACUCCCACAGCCAUGGGCAUGGGCAUGGGCAUGGGCAAUCCCACGGACACGGACACUCCCACGGACAUACAGCCCACAGCCUCGCCCACCAGCACGGGGCCAUGGCCUACGCAGCCGCGGCCGCCUACGAGGAGAAGAUGAACGGCAGCCUGCGCGGCGCCGCCGCCGCCGCCGCCAUGGCCCACGGCAUGAUGGGAAAGCAAGGCAAGGAGAACAUGGGAGGAGGCGACGACGGGCCCGUCGACAUGACCGCCAAAAGGAGUGACCUGGAUCGAGAGCGGGAGAGAGAGAGAGAGAGGGAGAGAGAAAGAGAGAGGGAGAGGGAGCGGGAGCGCGACAGAGAGAGGGAGCGCGAGCGACACACACCCUCCCCCGACGUGAUCGUGCUGUCGGACAACGAGGCCUCCAGCCCCAAGGCCUGUUCCCGCGCAGAGGAGCGACUCAAGACCGUCAACUUGGACAUGUUCAAGGGUAAGAGUGUGGAGGAGCGUCAGCAGGUGAUCAAGGCUCUGCGUGAGGAGCUGAGGCUGGAGGAGGCGCGCCUGGUGCUGCUCAAGAAACUCCGCCAGAGCCAGAUGCAGAAGGAGAACGUCAUACAGAAGGUGCCUGUGGUCCAGAACAGUUCCUCCAUGGCUCAGGGCUCCUCUGUGCACGGGGCCCAGUCUGGCAUGGCCAAGAUGCCCGUCCGGCCCGCCCAGCACAGCCAGGACCAGCACAACAUGCGCUCUGUACAGGGUCAUUCUGUGAUCCGCUCGGCCGCCAACUCCUCCAUGCCCCAGAUGAUGAUGUCACAGCGGGUGAUCGCCCCCAACCCGGCUCAGCUGCAGGGCCAGAGGAUCCCGCAGGGGGGCAAGCAGGCCGUCAUGCGCUCCACGCCCGGACAACUCAACAGCACUGUGAGCUACCAGCAGGGUACCUCUCAGCAGGUGUCAGGGUCUCAGCGUCCGGGCUCCUCUGCCAUGUAUAUGAACCUGGCACACAUGCAGGCUGCCAGCAGCGGCAGCAGCGGUGGUGGUGGCAGCGGUAACAGUGGCAGUGGUGGCGUGUCCAGCGUUGGCACGGUGGGCAGCCCGUCUCCGCUGCCCAGCCCCGGCGCCACUGCCCAGAGCCUGGCCGAGCAGCACGCCAGUAGCCAGGCGGCCGCCAAGCUGGCGCUCCGCAAGCAGCUGGAGAAGACGCUGCUGGAGAUCCCGCCGCCCAAGCCGCCGGCGCCGCUGCUCCAGUUCAUGCCCUCCGCCGCCAACAGCGAGUUCAUCUACAUGGUGGGCCUGGAGGAGGUGGUGCAGAGCGUCCUGGACAGCCAGGGUAAGCUGCAUGGCCCGGCAGGUCCCAAAGACCCGUUUGUGUGCGCCCAGUGCAAGACUGACUUCACCCCCCACUGGAAGCAGGAGAAGGGCGGGCGCAUCCUCUGCGAGCUGUGCAUGACGUCCAAUCAGAAGAAGGCCCUGAAGGCCGAGCACACCAAUAGGCUAAAGAACGCGUUCGUCAAGGCCCUGCAACAGGAGCAGGAGAUUGAGCAGAGGCUGCAGCAGCAACAGGCUGCCUUGACGGCGGCAGCAGCAGCGGCGGCUGCCAGUGCCAGUGCCAGUGCCAGCUCCUCAGUCUCGUCCCCCAGGGACACCAAGACCGAGACCCUGAUCAGGCACCCGCACCAACACCAACACCAACACCAACAUCAACACCAGCACCAGCACCAGCACCAGCACCAUACCCUCAGACAGGCUCAGCAGUCCCAGAGUAGCCAGUCCGGGUCUCCUCUGCAGCGGGGGCUGUCCAGCUCUGCGCAGGGCGUGCUCUCCAACUUCGCCCAGGCUCAGCAGCUGUCGGUGGGAGGCCUACUGGGCAUGACGGGCAAACACGGAGGAGGAUCAGGAGGAGGAGGAGGAGGAGGAGGCUCGAGCGGCCGCACGCAGCACGACAGCCGCCAUGGCCGACAGCAGCUCUACAACAUCCCUGGUGUGAACAUCGCCUACCUGAAUGCUGCCAACAUGGGCGGCCAGAAGGGCUCCAGCCUUGCGGACCGCCAGAGGGAGUACCUGCUGGACAUGAUUCCCCCGCGCUCCAUAUCCCAGUCCAUCAACAGCCAGAAAUGAUCCCCCUACCCCUCCACCCCCACCUCCACCCAAACCCAAAC